CAGCUAAAAAAUGUCACGCUUCCGUGACUAGUUACUUAAAACUUUUCAUGCGGAGGGAUUAAUCUAGAACAAAACAUUUUACAGUUAUAUAGACAGACGUAGUACGUGUAAUUUAAGUAGUUCGAAAAUAAUACCAACUGUUGGAGAUCCUUUGAAGAUGAGAGAUGGAAUAAAUAUUACAUUAGAUAAGAUUACGAUUGCUGACACAAUCAUGGCACCUGCAUUCAACACUGCUUAUGUGCUUUUUACUGCAACUUGUUAUGUUUUAUAUUGUUUUAUUGGGUGUGUGUUUCUGUUGGGUUUGUUUUUAAAAAUUUACCUGGUUCUGAAGUCGAAACGUUACAGAAGUGGUAUAAGCAUGGUUGGAAAAACUGUCCUCAUUACAGGAGCUAACUCGGGUAUUGGCAAGGCAAUAGCUUACGAUUUGGCAGAACGAAGUGCCCGUGUCAUAAUGGCAUGCAGAAAUUUGACAGAAGCUGCCGAAGUUGCUGAAGCCAUCACAUGUUCCACAGGAAAUGAAAACAUUAUCGUCAAGCAUUUGGAUCUCAGCUCCUUCAAAUCUGUUCGAAAAUGUGCCCGGGAAAUUAUCAGAGGUCAAGAACGAUUAGAUGUUUUAAUCAACAAUGCCGGCAUUGGAGUUAAUCUAGGACCAGAUGAAACGGAGGAUGGUAAUGAGACAAUUAUGCAGACAAAUUAUUUAGGACACUUCUUGCUGACGACACUACUUUUAGAUAUUCUGAGGCAGAGUUCUCCCAGCCGUAUCAUCAACGUGGCUUCCUCUGCUUAUCGUUUCUCAAAUUUGGAAAGAGAGGAUUUAGAUUUUUCAUCCACCGAAGACUACUCUGAUCAGCAAAAAUACGCUAAUUCCAAUUUAGCUAAAAUUAUGUUUGCUAGAGAAUUAGCAUUGAAACUUCUGAACUCGGCAGUUACAGUAAACACUGUAUGUUUGGACCUUGUGAACACGAGUUUAUUUUAUCACUCAACAUCUCUAUUUUCCAAAUUCUUAUCUUACAUGACAUUUUUAUUUGGGCAAACUCCGGUAGCAGCAGCUCAGACUGCCAUUAAACUCGCAGUCGAUCCGAGCUUGGAAAAGAAUGACGGAAUUAUCCAUGUUAGAUCUAGAAAGUCACUUAAGCAGAGACACUUAAGCUUGAAAUAA